UUACAAAGAUAAAGACAUUUUCUGUUAUUUUAGACUUUUUUUUUUUUUACAGUGCAUGUAACUAUAUUUUUCCUUCUGUUAAACUCCAUCUCUUCUCAAAACCAUCCUCCAUAUUCCUUAUUUUGUCAGUUCCCUUUUCCAUAACUAAACCACUUAUUCUAAAGACAUAUUUAAACAUGCUGUGUUCUGAUAAAGGUGGUGGAGGUGUCAACCAGCUAGGAGGGAUGUUCCUGAACGGCAGACCUCUUCCUGAGUCCAAGAGGAGGAAGAUGAUCGAGCUGGCCUCAGAGGGAGUCCGUCCGAGCCACAUCUCCAGGAUACUUCGGGUGUCCAACGGGUGCGUCAGUAAGAUCCUGAGUCGCUUCAGACGCACCGGACUCCUGCAGCCAAAGACCAUCGGAGGGAGUCGACCUCGGCUUCUCACCCCGGGUGUCAUCUCCACAAUCAUCCAGUGCAAACGGGAAAACCCAACCAUCUUUGCUUGGGAAAUUAGAAAACGUCUUCUAGCAGCAGCAGCAGCAGCAGCAGCAGCACAGAUGUGCAAAGUCUCCAAAGUUCCCAGUGUGUCGUCUAUAAAUCGGAUUUUAAGAAAGAUCCACUUGGACCAUGGGCCGAUGUGCAUGGAGAUCAAUGCGCACGUCAGGACUGAACAAGAUUUGGAUUCUCUGAUUCAAGAUGAAGUGAACAGGAGAAAGAUGUCUGAGACGGAAUGCAGCAAUGACCAGAAGCCUAAAGGUUCCCAGCACCGAAACCGCACCACCUUCACCCCGGAGCAAAGCACAGCACUCGAGCAAGAAUUCUCUCACAGCCAGUAUGCGGACAUGUACACGAGAGAGAAACUGUCAGCCGAGACCAAAGUUUCUGAGGACACCAUCAAGAUCUGGUUUUCAAACAGACGGGCGAAAUGGAGGAGGGAGGACAAACAAAGGACACAGACUGCAGACCUUGAAAAGCAAAGAGAUUUUGUUCCUGUGAGUCCAACAAUACCACACAACUUCACAUCUCAACAGGUGUCAAGAGUCUACUGUGAGAACUCAGACGCCUCCCCUAUGUACAACACAGUCGCCAGGAAGUUGCACAAUGGCUACUUCUUCCCUACAGAAACAGGUACGAGAAAUUCAGCAUAUGUGACAUCCAUCUCAGUCCCACCUUCAUUCCUCCAUCCGUCUAAUAAAAUGACGGCCCAGACCGUGACAGACAAGACUCCACUGGAUCUCCACAGAGGUAGAAUCACUUUCCCUCUGAACCACCACCACCACCACACAGACACAAGGACGUCCGUCCCUUUGGAGACAAUAAGAUUAACAGACCAGCCAGUGACUCAGUGCUGGAACCAGCAGGGCAUUUCUUUGACUUGGAGCCCGUUUCAAACAGAUGAGAGGUUUCUACCCUGGGAUGUGAAUCCACAUCGCUACCUGGACUAAAUGCAUGGUCACAUUUUUCUAACUAGUGGUGAAGCAUGUUUGUAUAUUUCCAGACUGGAGGGACACAUUCUGACCGGCAGAGGGCGACAGAGGACUGCUGGCAUUACAGUCUGGUCCCCUACAAUGCACUGCAGAUUCACUCAUCACUUUUCGUUGAAUUAAUAAGGUGUAACAUAAAUUAAUAUCUUAAGUAUUAUUCUAAAUUCAAAGCUCUUGUUGUAAACUCAGACAACCCUGAUGGAUCUUAAUUUAAUCCACUUAAAACUGACUUGUAAAGAAGACAAAGUUCGUGCAACUUUGUCAGACAUUAAGUGCCGAAUAAAGCUGCAGAGAAAA